CUUGCCUCCUCGCACCGACAGGAAAGCAAAAGGAGUGGAUAAAGCAGUAUCAGCUGUAACAGAUUAUUUUGGCAAAAGCAGAUGGCUGCUGUGUGCUGGACGGUCGUGGCGCUGGCGUUCGUCCUGUCUGCUGGACCCGGUGUGGACGCUGUGGAGCAGAGGCAGCUCAAGACGCUUGUCACGGCCAUCUUGAAACAGUACAGAAUAAGUGGCCAGUUCAGUCUGGCUGUAAACAUCCCGCUGAACGAAGUACAGAAAACUCAAACAGUCCUGCGGCGAGUCUUUAGGGAGGACCGCAGAGCCAAGGUGACUGCUGCCGUUUCAAGAGGUGACGUGUACAUCGGAACCUGGGUGGUUGCAGCUGGAGUGGACACAAGCGAUGGUCGCCAUGCAGAGUCACGCGUUCUGGACAACUUCAACGCCUUGUUCAAUAAACCUUAUCGUAGUUUCCUGCUUUUCUACUCUUACCAUUCCCCAUGUGAUCUAUGCUUGAAUGAAAUAGAUCCUGCAACUAACAUGUCAAGGAUUAGCAUCAUUCAGAAUUGGCGUGAUUAUGCCCUUGUGUUUUCCAGAGUAUUGCAGCCUAAAGAUUCUAACCCCUUAAAUGAGGAAAACCUGAGGGAAUCCCUUGAGCGACUUGGGAAUACCACAGGACUUCAGGGACAGGAAAUCGGUCUUGCCAGCAUAUUCCGUUGUGACAGAAAAAAUGGAUUGACUCAGUGUAACAGCUGUUCCGCCAGUGGACAAGUUUCGCAUCAGUGUGUUGUAGACAGUUCACAAGCCAGUGCCAGUGAUGGUGCUAGUGGCAGUAGCGGUCGCGGUGAUUCCCGCACAAACUCUCAGGGAAGCAGCAGGGGCAGCAAGAAAGUGUCAGGGCAGUGGCAAGGGUGGAUUCGAGGGCGGGGACCGGGGCAGGGGGACGUAUGGGUGCAGUCGCAGGUGGGACCAGAUUUGGUGCCCGGGCAGGGUCAGGGGACUGUGUGGGUGCAGUCGCAGGUGGGACCAGAUUUGGUGCAGGGGCAGGGUCAAUAUGUGCAGUCCCAGCAGGGGGGAGUAAUGCAUGGGCAGGGUCAAUAUGUGCAGUUCCAGGAGGGGGGAGUGAUGCAUGGGCAGGGUCAAUAUGUGCAGUCCCAGGAGGGGGGAGUGAUGCAUGGGCAGGGUCAAUAUCUGCGAACACAGGUGGGGCCAGUGGUGCGUGGGCAGGGUCAGGGGACUACAAUUGUGCAGUCACAGGUGGGGCCAGAUGUGGUGCAUGGGCAGGGUCAAUAUGUGCAAUCCCAGCAGGGGGGAGUGAUGCACGGGCAGGGUCAAUAUGUGCAGUCCCAGUCGAGUCAACAGCAGGGAGGGGGUAAGGUGUUGAUACAGAGUCCAGGGUUGAGUCAGGUGUGGAUGCAGGGUCCAGGUCAGAGACAGAUGGGGAUACAGACUGCAGGUAAGGGGGCAGGGUUGAGUCAGGUGUGGAUGCAGGGUCCAGGUCAGAGGCAGAUGUUGAUACAGACUCCAGGUCAGGGGGGCGGUAUGAGACAGGUGUGGAUGCAGGGUCCAGGUCAGAGGCAGAUGUUAAUACAGACUCCAGGUCAGGGUGAAGGGUUGAAACAGGUGUGGAUGCAGGGUCCAGGUCAGAGGCAGAUGUUGAUACAGACUCCAGGUCAGGGUGAAGGGUUGAAACAGGUGUGGAUGCAGGGUCCAGGUCAGAGGCAGAUGUUAAUACAGACUCCAGGUCAGGGUGAAGGGUUGAAACAGGUGUGGAUGCAGGGUCCAGGUCAGAGGCAGAUGUUAAUACAGACUCCAGGUCAGGGUGAAGGGUUGAAACAGGUGUGGAUGCAGGGUCCAGGUCAGAGUCAGAUGUUGAUACAGAGUCCAGGUCAGGGAGCAGGUAUGAGACAGGUGUGGAUGCAGGGUUCAGGUCAGGGUCAAGGGUGGAUGCAGUGGCAGGGGGAAGGUCAGGAUCAGGGCCGGCGUCAGAGGCAGGAAUAGGGACAGAGGAACAGUGGUAGAGGGUUUCUGGGGACCACCAGUUGAAAGGGAUUCAUUAAAACAUGAGUUCAAAUCCACAACAAGCUAAUCUCAACAGUAUUUCUCUGGGUUUCCUACUUCUCUUCAUGUGUUGGGCCCUGGCACUGCAAAACAGCACAGCCACUAUGAGUACAGAAUACUCAGUUUGUUGUCUUUAGUCUGAAUUAUAGCACUAAAAUUUAUUUUAUCACCUUCCCUUUUGUAUUUUACAUGUUUUGGGGGUGUUCUUUGUAGAAAAACAAUUGGGAAUGCCACCUAACCCUUGCGGCAUUAGUACCUAGCACUAUCUCUCGAGCCCCUAAUUCUACCAUGCAAAAACCAUGGUCACAUUCUUUUUUUUUUUACCUUAUUAAGAUAUAAUAAUGGAAAGAAAUGGGGGAGUAGUGUUAACUCAGUGUUAACUGCAUUUGUUCUCUUCAAAGCAGUUUGUUAACGGUGCUUUAUGAAUAUAUUUGACGGAUAUAAAACAUUCCAAUUCUUUAAUGUUUUCUCCUUUUUAUUAAAGCUUU